GAUGGAAGAAAGCAGGGGCCCCAAGACAACAAUGUUUUGGCUAUAAAACGUAAAAAGAACGAGAAAGGGAAGAAAAUACGAACGUUUAAUGCAAAUAGCGGUCAUGUAUAGGACAUCCCCACCUGGCCCCAUUUAGUGUUUCCCCUUUCUACACGUGCUGACCAACCAUGAGUAUUAUCCAAGACAAGCUAGGCAACGAGUUUCUGCGAGGCAAUGGGGGCAUGGACCCAAACUUUGCCCCCGGCAUGCUCAUGUUCAGCCACCUGCCGCCCGUCACCAGCUUCACCCGCCUGGCCUCGCAGUCGGUCAUGGGGGGUGACCUGCCCCAGGAGAUGAUCAUGAAGAAGGAGCGCGACUCGCCACCCAACGCCCACGGCUUCCUCCACGGCAUGGGCAUCAAGCAAGAGCGGAUGAGCGAGCUGGACUACCGCAUGCCCCUUUAUAGCGGAGGUGGCGGGGGAGGAGGAGGGCUGGGUGGCAGCUGUGGCGGAGGGGGCGUGGGGAAGGGCAACGAGAUGCUGGAGAUGCAGUUUGGUGGAGGCCACCACCACAACCAUCAGAACAUGCUUCUACACGACCUCAGCCUCGGCAAUGUCCGAAUGGGAGAGCCGAUGUCUGGAAGACCAGAGAAAGGGCCCAAAGAGACGUCGGGAAGGAGACGGAAGAGCAACAGUGAUGGGGAGGGGAAAGCCAGAAGAAAACGUGGAGAACCCAAGGCCAUGAUGUUGGACGGCGAGGGGACCGGCCUCUCUCCCAACUCCAAACCGCACAUCUGCGAGCACUGCAACGCUGCCUUCCGCAGCUCCUACCACCUCCGCAGACACGUGCUCAUCCACACAGGUGAGAGGCCUUUCCGGUGCAGUCAGUGUAACAUGAGCUUUAUCCAGAAGUACCUGCUGCAGCGGCACGAAAAGAUCCACAGUGGAGAGAAGCCCUUCAGCUGUGACCAGUGUAACAUGUGCUUCAUCCAGAAGUACCACAUGGAGCGACACAAGAGGACCCACAGCGGAGAGAAGCCAUACAGAUGUGACACCUGCCAACAGUUUUUCUCGAGGACGGAUCGGUUACUGAAGCACAAGCGGACCUGCGGAGAAGCCAUAAAGAAGGGCCCGGACCCCAGCAUGUUGGAGCUUGCCCACGGGGACAUGGGCCAGGGCAACUACUCACUCACUCAGGGAAACGCUACCGCCACCUCUGCAUGCAAGAGGGGCAAGUCCAAAAACGCAGGCGAGGGCGGUGAUCGUAAGCGUAAGAAGGCUGCUGCCACCACCGCGUCGUCCGGGGGCCUGCAGGACUACGGCAUGGAGUGUUCCGACCCCAGCCUGCAGGGCCGCACACCAAAGCUGGUGUUCAAGAAGGCUAAGAAGGGCCUCGUCCCCAUGGAGGACGGGGGGCAGAAGCUGCUGUCUCAGAAGCAGGGCUCCAUGGAGCUGGCGGGGGGCUCAGGGCUAGAUGCCAUGGUCCUCAUCCAGGGCUCCUCCAGCGGAGGCGCGAAACGAGGCCCAUCAGCCACAAGCAACAACUACGACGACGCCAUGCAGUUUGUGAAGAAGCGGCGCUACCUCCAACACGUGGCCAACAACGACUACGCGGCACCCUCCCUCCACAUGGGCCAGCCCCAUGCCAGCAGCGUGAUCCAAGGCUCGCUGGGACACCUCAACGAGCCCACCCUCACCAUGCUGGACACCUCGCCCCUGGACCUCAAGCACCACGACAAGUCGGUCAUCCCGGACGAAGUGCUCCAGAGCCUGCUGGACCACUACAGCCACAAGUCGGAUGGCACGCACCACCACCACCACGAUGUGACCUUUGACCUCUCGGACCACAGUGGUCCGCACCACGUGACCCUGCAGCCGGCGGCCCCUGUCACCCCAGAGCUGGACGGCGACUCGCCCAACGGCGGCGACAAGCAGGUGGUCAUGAGUGAGUACUCCAAGUUUCUUCUGCAGGCCCUGGAGCGCACCAGCCACAGCGGGCCCUUCCCCACGUUGGGACCCAGCGGGCCCUUCCCUUUGCUCUCCAGCCCUACGGGGCCCCUCUUCUCCGAUAAACAUGUAUACACUACGUCUCCGCUGGAGUGCGGCUACCCGCCCACCGACUCCUCGCCACUGCCCAUCCCCUCCAUCCCUUCUUCUUCCUCCUCCUUGUCUUCCUCUAAGUCACACUACAGCAUGGUGGUGGGCUCCCCCUCCCAGCCAGCCUUCCACCUCAGCGGCCUGGAGGCGGCUGGCCACCAGCAGCUCAUCCCCUCUCAGGAGCUCACCGAGCAGCUGGAGAAGCAGCACCACUCCCCCACGUUCCAGCUCACGCCCCAGGAGCUGACGGCCGCCGGUGGAGCCCCCAAGGAGCAGGGGGCCAAGGGCAACGGGAGAAACGGCAGCUACUCCGACCUGGACACGCCCAAGGAAAUGGACCUGCGGGCCACCUACCAGAUCGAGAACUUCGCCCAGGCCUUCGGUUCCCAAUUUAAGUCGGGCCGCCGCACCCCGCUGGGCUACAGCACUGGGGCCGAGGUCGACCACAGAAUACGAACUCCCGUGUCAGAAUUCUCAGGGUAUACCAGUUUGUUAGCUGACGUCAGCGAGCCAGUAAGUACAGGAUCGAAAACCCCAACAAGCCAAAGUUUCAGGUAAGGGUUAAAACGAGGUGAACCUAGUUGCAGGUCUUGUGUUUUUCUUUGUGUCCCUAUACCCCUCUACAUUUUGUUCUUGUAGCAAGGUCAAUUUUUUUUUUUUUAAACACUGCCAUUAAAUGUUGAUAAUGAGAACUCUACCAGGGGAAGGUCUUCAAGGCCUCAAAUGCAAUUUUUUAUAUUCCUUUAAAAAAAUCUGUAUUUUGUCUUUAUUUUGUUAGCGUAGUUGGUAUGAUAUGAACGUAAACGUAGAUUUUAAUGUAAUUUAAAAUGAAAAAUUAGGGGUUAGCUAAGCUUGAUGAUUUUUCUUUGAACUCUUGUUUUACCAAUCAUCAUACAGUUGUAAAGUAAUAAUGAAUGAUGUUAAUAAUUUCAAUAAUAAUACGUUUGUGGCAGGGAAAGGCCCAGAAUUCAAAUGGCAAAAAAAGUUAUAUAUUGUCUGUUACUAGAAUCGUAUUACUCAGGUAUUAAGGCAAAAUUGUGUAAUAAGGAGAACUUUGUAUUAUGAGAUGCAAUUCGCACACUUUUUUAAGUGUACUUUGAGACUACAAAGCUUUGUUACUAUUUAUCCCUCGAGGAGCGGGGGAACAAAAAGACAAACAAAUUCAGCGGAUCUUCCUGUUCAGUUUUCUUCGCCAUUGAACAACCCUUUCCUCUACGUGUAGCUGUGUAGAGAUUACGGUACUUCUGUGUCAAUGUGAAAAUGACCGUUUCCAUUUCCCCCCGUAAAGGGCCACAUGUAAAACACACGCUAACACGGAUAUUUAUACACUCAAGAACUCAUAGUGCACACAGUCCAGGCUCAAUGGAAAGAGGUUUCAGUCCGCAAACCUUUUUUGUUUUAUAUACAGUGUCAAGUGAUGUUUGUCUAGCCGUGCACGUUUUGGAUGGCCCCUUCAGUGGCCCGUGACAAGGAAAUGUGCUGGCCCCGUUGGCGACGUUUCAACAGCUGUUGUCGCUCAUUUUUUACUGGGUUCCACUCCACUCCUGGCUGUUAACGUUCUUUUUUUUUGUCAGUGGAAAUCAAACAAGCACUUUGAAAAACAAAAUUGUGAUUGAAAACUGAAAACAUCCCAACUCAAUUAAGGAUGUGCAAAACCAAGUGAUUAUUAUUAA